UGACUGAACUGGUUCCUUAACUGCUGGUUUUGGAAGGGUUAAUGAUUUUGACUAUGAAAUAGUCCUAAGAAUUGUCGUAAGCCGUUGGCUUUGACUAGAAUAUUUCUAAACUGCUGGUUUUGAAAAAGUAGUAGUUGAUUACUGUGGUAUUUGAUAUUGUCGUAAGCUGUUGGCUUCGACUGAAGUGUUUCCUAAACUCCUGAACUUCAGGUGGCUACAAUUCAGGAACCAUUAGUCAUAAGAAUAAAUAAACAAAAGUUGAUCGUAAUCGGUUAGGUUCGACUGAGAUGGUGGUUUUAGAAGAAACGUCGAUCGCAACUGAACGAUUUAAUCUGGAGAGUAGAUCUGUGUAUUUUGGGUAAUGAAGUAAUUAAUAUGAUUUGGCUUUGAAUAAAACACACAAGAUACUAAGUCACUCGGCACUGUACACAAUGUUGGUCAGGUUAACGUAAAAUAUUAAAAUUCAUAUAUUUUGGAAAUUGGGGGUAAUUGGUUUCCUAUAUGAUAUUCUUUCUCAAAGAUAUCACGAUGGACAUUUUGCGAGCAGUUCGACCAUUCGACAUGAAUGUGGAGGAAAAUCGGUUGGCAUCCGAAUGGGCCAAAUGGAAGCGUCAACUUCAAUGCUAUUUUGAAGCGUGUGGCAUAGUUAGCCAAACGGAUCGGAAAGCCAAACUAUUGUUUUUGGGUGGCCCAGAUUUACAAGAGUUGUAUGAGAAUUUGCCGGACGCGAAGCGGGUUUCGUUUGCAUUGGCUGACCCACCAUAUUAUGAUGUGGCAAUCAAAGCUCUGGAUGAUCAUUUUGAACCGAAAAGAAUGAUCGCUUACGAAAGAUAUGUGUUCAGACAGAUGGCUCAGAAGCCAUCAGAACGGCUUGCAGAUUAUGUCCUAUGACUCAGAGUACAGGCAAAGCGUUGCGAAUUCAACCCUGAUAAUUUUGAAGAGAUGAUUGUCGAUCAGAUUACGGAGAAAUGCAAUUCCGAUGCAUUGCGCAUAGAAAUCCUCAAAAGGGAUAAAAGGUCAUUGGGAGAAAUAGUGGCACUAGGUACAACCAUGGCAGAUACGAAGGCAAAAUCACAGCAGAUGGCUAGGGAGAUCGUGAGCAAAGAAGGUAGUCAGGUGAACUGGGUUGGUAAUAAAAUAAUGACUAAUAGACAGAAGCGGCCGGUUAUGAAGAGAGGCGUGGUCAUGUCAUGUUUUGCGUGUGGCCAUGAAGGACAUCUAAAGGCCAGCAAAGUAUGCCCGGCAAAGGAUGUUCGAUGCAACAAAUGUAACGCUGUAGGUCAUUUUGCAAGAUGUUGUUUCAAACAAGGUUGGAAGUUGAAUCAGGGUAAUAAUCGUUUACCUUCUUUCGGCAAACGCAAGUUUGAAUCAAAUGAUGAAGCUGGUCCAUCCAAACGGAUUAGAUCAGUCAGAGACGAAGCCGUAGAGGACGAGCAGCAGCAGAAAUCAGAGGGAUAUAUUUUUUACGCGAUGGGCCGAAAUGAGUUCCACUUUAAGGUUGGUGGAGUGAUUAUUCCAAUGACCAUAGAUUCUGGCGCGGACGCCAACAUCAUUUCGGCAGAUUCUUGGAAGCAAAUGAAGGAAGCAGGUGUGAAGGUGCUUUCAAUGUCUAAGCAGUCAGACAGAGUUUUGAGGGCAUACGCUUCGAAGGAUGUGCUUCCAGUUGUUGGAAUGUUCCAAGCGGAGGUGGCCGCAGGUCAAAAUCAAACCACGGCGACUUUCUACGUAGUGACGGGUGACAAACAAUGUUUGUUGGGAGAAUCUACAGCACGAGAGUUACAGGUACUCAAGAUUGGAUUCGAUAUAGCUGCGAUCAAGACACCCAGGACGACAUUCCCAAAAAUCAAAGGUGUAGUAGCAGAAAUAUCUAUCGAUGAAACGGUGCAGCCAGUGCAACAGCCUUAUAGGCGAGCUCCUUUCGCUCUGGAGGAACUUAUCGAGAAAAAGUUAACAUAUUUGCUAGAGCAGGACAUUAUCGAACGCGUAAACCAACCAUCCCGCUGGGUAUCCCCAUUAGUACCUGUGAUGAAGGACUCAGGCGACGUCAGGCUCUGCGUGGAUAUGCGUCGCGCCAACAGAGCAGUUAUCCAGGAGAAACAUCCGUUACCGGUAAUUGACGAUUUGUUAGGCAGUAUCAAUGGUGCAGUACGGUUCUCAAAGUUGGACGUCAAGGACGCGUAUCACCAAGUGGAACUCUCCGAGCGUUCACGCGAGAUUACAACGUUCAUUACCAAGUAUGGAUUAUUCAGAUAUAAGAGACUUAUGUUUGGUAUCUGUUCAGCCCCUGAGCUUUUUCAAAAGAUAAUGGAAUCUAUAGUGGCAGGACUAGAAGGAGUUAUCGUUUAUCUUGACGAUGUUAUGGUGUUCGGCUCUACAGAAAAGGAACACGAUUUACGGCUGGCCGCACUUUUGCAGCGAUUGAAGGAAUUCAACCUUCAGUUGAAUACCCAAAAAUGUCAAAUCAACGUGACAAGCUUGGAAUUUCUAGGGCAUCAAUUAUCUGAAGAAGGCAUAAGACCAACAGAGAGCAGGGUUCAAGCCAUUAAGCAGUUUAGGCCACCAACUACUGUGGCGGAAUUACGUAGUUUUUUAGGACUUGUCACAUACGUUGGGAGAUUUAUACCAAAUUUAGCUUCUAAAACAGAUCCUCUUCGGUGUUUGUUACGGACCGGAGCUACUUUCAAAUGGAGUCAAAUUCACCAAGUGGCUUUCGACUCGAUCAAAGCCGAAAUAGAAUCCACUCGAUUCCUAGGCUUCUUCAACCCGAAAGACACGACAAUCCUUAUUGCGGAUGCAAGCCCUACAGGGCUAGGUGCAGUGUUGCUACAAGAGAAUACAGCGAAAGAAAAACGUAUUAUUGCGUUUGCAAGCAAAGCCUUAACAGACCUUGAAAGAAAGUACUUUCAAACCGAACGGGAGGCUUUGGCCUUAGUGUGGGCUGUGGAAAAAUUUCGACUAUAUCUUUUGGGUACGACGUUUAGACUGAUAACGGAUUGUAAACCGCUGGAUUUCUUGUUCUCGUACCGUUCCAAGCCGUGCCCUAGAAUAGAAAGGUGGGUGCUGCGGAUACAAUCAUUUCGCUUCCAAGUUGUGUACGAACCAGGAGCAACAAAUUUAGCAGAUGCAUUGUCCAGGCUAUCGAUGGAUCAUCCGGUUUCAUUUGAUGGAGAAGAAGAGGGGUAUAUCCGAUGUCUCGUGGCAGCAGCGAUUCCGAAUGCGAUUACGGUUAAAGAAGUGGAGGAGGAGUCUAUCAAAGAUUCAUCGAUAAACGAUCUCAUUAAUGCAUUGGACGGAGGUCAAUGGUCAGAUUCUGUCAAGGCUUUCAAGCCUUUCGAGUCAGAAUUGUACCGCUCCGGCAAUUUGGUCUUGCGGGAGAGUCGACUGGUGAUACCAAUGGCACUCCGGAAAAGAAUACUCCAACUGGCUCAUGAGUCACAUCCAGGAAUUGGAACAAUGAAAAGGCGCUUGAGGCAAAAGGUAUGGUGGCCAGGAAUUGACAAAGAUGUCGAGAGAAUGAUCAAGAGUUGCAAGUCAUGUGUGAUUGUUUCUUCUUUAGAACCCCACGAGCCCCUCAAGCGAACUCUGAUGCCAGAAAGUGCAUGGGUAGACUUGGCGGCUGAUUUCGUAGGCCCUCUGCCAUCAGGGCACAAUUUAUUAGUUAUUGUAGAUUAUUUCAGCCGAUUCAUCGAAGUGAUCGUUAUGAAACAGAUCACAGCAGCUCUGACCGUGAAAGCUUUCCACGAGACUUUCUGUAGAUUUGGAAUGCCGGAGACAUUAAAAACGGACAAUGGUCCACAGUUUAUUAGCGAGGAACUGGGCAAAUUCUGUAAACAAUUUGGGAUUGAGCUCAGGAAAACAACUCCUUAUUGGCCACAGGCCAAUGGAGAAGUAGAACGAGUCAACGGAAUGCUGGCAAAGCACCUUAAAAUCAGCCAAGCAGAGGACACGGAUUGGAUCUACGCAUGUGUGUACUUAUGUACAAUUCGACUCCCCAUUCAACAACAGGAGUAG